AUGUCGUUUCUAUAUGAAUUUGUUAGGCCACUGCUCGCCUCGUCAGGAACCCGCCAUCAGGAGUACGACAAGACGGAAGUCGAGCUCGAACAGAGAGGAGACAUCAAUGCUCUUCAACGGCUCCGACAGCAAAAGUUUUAUCACAACAAUUCACGCCUUCAACGUUCAAUCCAGAAACUCCUGCUUACAGAAUUCGCCCUUCGAAGAAAUGCCCAGAAGGCAGUAUCGCUCUAUGAUGCAGUGGAUCGUCAGGCGACGAAUUUCCCGCAGCAAGAACUGCAAGAAUUCUGCUUGAAAGAAGAACUGGCGGAAUUACGAAAAGAAUCCUGGUUCUUGGGGCGGCAGUGGUGGCAUCAUCGGCACGAAUUCCACCAAGGCCCUCUGUCCAGAGCAUUCCGGCUCUGGCGCUCACAUCCCCAGUGGUAUAUGCACCGCACUCUGCGGGAUCACUGUUCUUUGCAAGGAGGAUACUGCGGUCGUGACUGUGGGUGCUGUAUUCAUCGACAUACCGCUUCACAGACUCUUGGUGUGGGACACUGUACUGAUGAAUGUGGAUGUUGUCGCACAGCCCGAGGCUUCGAGUUCACCUCCGACGAAAGGACGCGGAUUACAAAAUGUGUAGAGGACUCCAUCAGGGACGGCCACAACUCGUAUUUGCAGGAGCUCAUUCAAGUCUCGAUCUGGGGCCUACUCGACAACAACGAUGAAAACCCGUUUGACCAGAUUGAGAGCCAUCAUAAGGCGGAAGACAUGGAUGAUAGUGACGACUCAGUCACUCUGGCUGACGCAGACUUGGACUCUCUCGUUCCCAGUAAAGGAAAUGCACCGAUUGAUGCGCUUCGCUUACGUGCCAUGAUUUGUGUGGCUAUUGCUUUCUUCAUUAUGUAUCAGAUCAGUUGA